AUGGGUGCUAGCUACCGCUCGCUUCUUCUUUUGAAGAAGAAACUACUGCUUCAGAAAAAGAAAGAGCAAGAAAGAAAGAAGCGCAGGUUCUGGAUACAUCCCCUGUGGUUGACGAGGAAAUCUGAAGGAGAGUUCCACACUGCGAUGCAGCUGAUGAGGGGUGACCCUCCUCUUUUCUUCAAGUACUACCGAAUGCCACCAAGUAGGUUUGACGAGCUGCAUCAUAUUGUGCGCAGGUACCUCACAAAGGCAUACCUGUGUCGCGAGCCAAUAUCUUCACAGCAGAGACUUGCCAUCACUCUCAGGUAUCUUUCCUCGGGAAACGCCAUCAAAGAAGUCGCACUAUCGUUCAGGGUGUCACCCGAAACGUGCAGGCGUAUAAUCCACCACGCAUGUGGGAUACCAUCAAAGCAGCAAUGGCUGGACAUUGCUCAAAGGUUUCAUGUACGGUGGAACUUCCCGAAUUGUCUGGGUGCUGUGGAUGGCAAGUACGUUCAAAUCCAGGCCCCACCAAAGAGCGGCAGCAACUACUUCAACUACAAGAAGAAGUUCUCCAUCGUUUUGAUGGCGGUGGUUGAUGCCAACUACAAAUUUUCUAUGGUUGACGUUGGCGCGUCAGGAAGGCACAGUGACGGAGGCAUCUUCAAGGCUUGCGAGUUUGGACGGCAACUGCAACAGAGUCGCAUCGCAUGUAUUUUGGGCGAUGAAGCAUUUCAGCUUCGCCCGGAUUUCAUGCGCCCGGACUUCAUGCGCCCCUUUCCUGGCGAGGCCCUGGGAACAAGCCAGGCAGUCUUUAACUACAGGCCAAGCAAAGCCAGGUAUGAAACUACUAAUGAUGCCUUACAGUACAGCAACAGUUGA